AUGGCUAUUCCUGAGCUGCUGGGGUCUGUGACCUCGGCCCAGCUUUGGAGCUUUGGCGCCCUUUUUCUAAUCCUAUCGUUCGUCAUCGAUUUCGCAAGCCACCCGCAGUAUCCAAGACAGAUUCCUGUGAUGGGCAAGGGCCAUGGGAUGCUCAACGCCUUACUCGACAGCUUUCGAUACAUCACCAACUAUCACGGGUGGGUAAGCGAUGGCUACACCAAAUUUGGCAAAAAGGGCCUGCCAUUUGUCGUGCGAUCCCCGUUGUCUCGCCCUUCAGAGGUCGUCAUCCCUCGCAACCAGAUUGGCUGGAUGAUGGAUCAGCCUGACCACAUCCUCUCAACUUAUGAUGCUCACAAUACCGUGCUAUACUCUGAAUACAACUUUUUGGGACGCCGAUUAGCCUUUGAUCCGUUCCCUAACCGCGUGAUGCACAAGUAUAUAGCACGGCAUCUAUCUACCGUCAUCCCCAAUGUGGACGACGAAAUUCAGCACGCAGUAAACACAUCGCUUGGAGACGAUACAGAAAACUGGAAGUCAAUCAAGCUGUGGAACCUCUGGCUUGAAAUCGUACCGCAUGUCACCAACAGAUUGCUCAUCGGGCCCGAGGUCUGCCGCAAUAAGCAAUUCAUCGAUGGCAUGGUCAACUUUACAAACGACGUUGUCCGCAACGGCCUCUUGCUCCAACUGCUCCCCAAAGUCCUGCAUCCCAUCUUUGGACGACUGUUUGGCAUAUCCAACUACAUCCAUUGGCGCUCGGCCAACGCUCCAGCUCAGCCGAUCAUUGAGAAGCGCCUCAAUGCGAUGCUGAAGAAAGCCGCAGGCGAUGCCGAGUAUAAGGACUACACACCACCCGAAGACUUCAUCACCUGGUUAAUCCGACAAGCUCUAGCAGACGGAAAGACGUUCGAGCUAGACCCCGUUGUUAUUUCCAAGCGACUUCUUCCCAUUGAAUUUGCCGCAAUCCACACAACCGUGUUGACAGGCCAGCUGUGGAUGCAAGACCUGCUCACCUCGGAUCCCGAAAGUGGCAUCCUGGACACGCUCCGAGCGGAAAUCAAUGCCCACAAACCCGAAUCCGGCCCCUGGACAAAGACCGCCAUUACCAACCUCGUUCGCCUCGAUUCUUCCAUCCGCGAGUCCCAGAGAGUCAGCAACUUCGCCGUCACAAUGAUCGAGCGCAAGGUUGUCGCCGACGACGGCCUGUACAACCCAGAGCUAGGCUGGACUCUCCCAAAGGGCAGCUUUGUCACCGUCAAUCUCGAAGGGACGCACCACGAUCAGGAUCUAUACAAGGAUCCUCAUUCAUACGAUCCUCUCCGCUAUUCUCGCAUUAGGGAGGCCUGGGAUGCAAAAUCAGACCAAGAGAAAAAGAGCGAGCCCGAAGAAGGUACGAAAAUACGAGGCCUCGGAAUGGUGACUACGAGUCCCCAGCAUCUGGCUUUUGGCCAUGGACGACACGCUUGGUGA